UACUAAAACUUCAGUCUCACGCGACACGCGCAACCCUCCAGUUGCAUUUUGAACACAAUAUUCAUUAUGAUCAUGAUGAUGAACGUGCUACGUGUUUUUAGUGUUAACAGAUCCGGUUUCGUGCUUCUUUUAUUGCUCUCAACUUUUCUUGGAAAGAUUACAUCGGAACCAAUUGAUCCAGACUUUAAGGAGCCAAUUUCAAACGUGACCGCUUCAGUGGGUAGAGAGGCCACAUUGUCUUGUACAGUACAGGACCUUGGUAGUUACAAGGUUGCAUGGCUUCGAGUGGAUACACAAACAAUCCUCACUAUAGCCAAGCAAGUAAUAACAAAAAAUUAUCGAAUUGGAGUAACACACACCGAUCAUAGAAUUUGGAUUUUGCAUAUUCGUGAGGUCAGAGAAACAGAUCGAGGAUGGUACAUGUGUCAAAUAAAUACAGAUCCAAUGAAAAGUCAAGUUGGCUAUUUAGAUGUAACUGUUCCACCUGAUAUUGUGGAUUUUCAAACUAGCACUGACAUGGUGGUUCGUGAAGGUAGUAACGUGACUUUAAAGUGUGCUGCCACUGGAUCUCCAACACCAAAUAUUACCUGGAGAAGGGAAGACGGUCAGACAAUUUUACUGGGAAAUGGAAGAAAAGCACAAUACGUAGAGGGUCCUCUUUUUGAAAUCACAAAAGUAAAUCGACUGCACAUGGGGUCGUAUUUGUGCAUCGCAUCUAACGGAGUACCACCCUCUGUGAGCAAAAGGAUUACGCUGAUUGUACAUUUUCCGCCAAUGAUCUGGAUUCAAAAUCAAUUGGUUGGUGCAAGAGAAGGUCAACAAAUAACUUUGGAGUGCCACUCAGAAGCUUACCCAAAGUCUAUUAACUACUGGACAAUGGAGAAGGAUGAGAUUGUUCCACAAAGUGGGAAAUAUGAACUUUCACUAGAAGAAAGUGAAUAUAAAGUUCAAAUGAAAUUAACGAUACGCACAAUAACUGCCUCUGAUUAUGGAACGUAUAAAUGCAUUUCAAGAAAUUCAUUGGGUGAUACUGACGGUAGCAUCAAACUCUAUCGGAUUCCAUCCAGUUCUGGCAUCCACACGGAAAAUGAUACUAAACACAAAGGAAAGUCUAGAAAAAAUUCUGGAAACGAAAUACUCGAGGGAAAUCAGGACAUGUUGAAAGAACGAGAUCCAGAUUAUGACUCUUCUGAAUCGUCGAGUACGAAAUGCAACUUUGCAUUAAUUACUCCAGUACUUUUGAUGGUAGUCUACAGUCAUCAUCAUCCGCAACUGCAAGCACUUCAUCCUGCCUGAAAGUUGAAAUAAAUGUCUCAUUUGAAUAUUAAAGGAAGCAAAAUACUGAGUUUCUAUCCUUUAAUGUGUAAUAUACUGUGGAGAAGAGAUGUCGAUAAAGUCGAGCUAAAAGCACGAUAAAUUAAUAAUUGAAAAUAUUCCACUUUAAUUUAUUGCCAUAUAGCUUUUGACUGAAUCAAGUUUGAUAUAUAUAUAUGCGAUUUCUAUUUUAAAAAAAAGAUUCAGUUAAUAUAAAAUUAUUUUCCUUUUUUUUUUGCUUUAUUUUCGUGAAUGAUUUUUAGAAUUUCGAAUAAGAGCGUAUUAAGUGUGACAGAAAUUAGAUUAUUUGUAUUAAAAAGAAUUCCAGUGUCAUAGAUAUAUAAAAAUAUAUUGUAAAUAUAGCUAAAUAUUGUGAAAUGUCAAAACCCAAACUGCCAUCGUCCAACUAGUCAUUUAUAUUAUAUAUAUAUAUUAUAAAUAAAUUAAGAUAGAUUUUUUGAAAUAUUGAGAGGCGUUUUUUGAAUAUAAGUAAA